AUGCUUUUUUUGCUUUAUUCAUUUAUACAAUCAUAUGGAUUCACGAGAGUUACACUAACCAAGGAUCACCCGCUUGUUUAUAAUAUUUCUAAUCUGAAAUUUUACUAUUCUGUUGAAAAUUCAAAUCUUUCAGAUUUUUCAUUCGAUAUUACGAAUGGCACAUCUACAAAUACAUUCAAAAACAUCAACCAGAGCAAUUAUUAUGAAAUUAAAGCAGAUUCAGUCGUAUUUAAAUCAAAUUCAGCCUCAUAUGAUAUGAAUAUUUUCGAAAUUGAUCCAAGAACAUGCAGCGAUAUUUCUUAUUCCCUUGGUCUAGAAACGUAUAUUUCGAUUACUUCAACAUUCUAUUCAAUAGAUGAUAAUUUAUGUUUCAUUUUCUUCCAACCUGGCUAUGUUUCUCGUGUCAUCACCAACUGCGAGAGUGAUAAUCCCAUGACAAGAUGUAUUGUUGAAGAAUAUGACGGAAAUGGUGGAGGAAAAGCUGUACAAUGCAGAGCCAACUCUACUUGCUCAAUUUCUGUAACAAACGGCUUCCUUAUUACAGGCUAUCCUCAUGGAAAUUACAUAAACCUAACUACGCAGGUUAUAAACAUUAAAGGAGAAGGUCAAUCUUCAGUUUGUACGUAUAACAAAGUAACUCACUACAAUAUCAACGGAAUUGUUGAAAUUAAUGAAUCGUCACAUAAUAUAUCCUACUCCUGUCAAAUGAAACCUCUUCAAAUAGGUCUUGCAGUUAUUUUAGUCGCAAUCAUGUUCUUUACGAUCAUUUGCGGUUUCCUUAUGUAUUACUUCUGUCGGCCAAACAGAGCUGCAUACGAAAGUCCAUCUGGAGAUAAAAAGAAGCAAAAAUCUCAAUAUGAUUUAUCUCGCAGACAUAAUAGCUUCAAUAAUAGGCCAACAUUGAACCAGGCUCUGCUAUAA